CUCCCCUCCGGUCCUGUGGAGAGUGUGGGAGCUGUGGAGGUGCCCAACGCCUGCAGUGGUAGCAAGAGGACCCUGGUCAGCAUCUGCAGCUGUCAGGUAGGCGGAUUUGAGAGGCCCUGUCUUCCUGAUUCUUUAGAAGCCAUCUCUUCGCCGCUGGCAUUAUGCUGUCCCCUCAGAGGGCUUUACUCUGCAACCUCAACCACAUCCACCUCCAGCAUGUGUCUCUGGGCCUGCACUUGUCCCGCCAUCCUGAGCUACAGGAGGGGUCCUUGAGCACAUCCUUUCCCCCAGGGGACACUGGGGGCAAGGAGAGUCGGGGUGCCUGCAGCGGGACCCUGGUGGACGCUAAUUCCAACAGCCCAGCUGUGCCCUGCAGAUGCUGCCAGGAGCACGGGCCAGGUUUAGACAGCCAGCAGGACCUAGAACAGGAGGAAGAGGGGGCUGCCUCUCCCUCGGACCCCGGCUGCUCCUCCUCUCUCAGCUCCUGCUCAGAUCUUAGCCCUGAUGAAUCCCCUGUCUCGGUCUACUUGCGGAACCUCCCGGGCGAUGAUGUCCACCCUCAGACCAGAAUCACCCCCCUGGAGCAGGACUCCCGUCUGGCCCCCACAGGCCCUGGUGCCUGCUCUCCUGACAGCUUCUGCUGUUCUCCUGAUUCCUGCUCCGGAGCUUCCUCCCCACCCAGCCACGUUCUGGACUCCAACUGCAAUGCUUUGGUCACCUGCCAGGACCCCCCUUACCCUGGCCUAGAGGAAGAGGACGCCUCCGGGGAGCAGGACCUCCCUACCUCCGAGGUCCCAGAGGCCGAUGACGGGAAGAUCAACUCUAGAAAAACCGAAUCCAGUUGGAAAAUCAAUCCCAUUUGGAAAAUUGACACAGAGAAAACAGAAGCUGGCUGGAAAAUAACUGAUAACAAUAACUCUGGUUGGAAAAUCAAUGGAAAUACUAACUCUAGUUGGAAAAUUGAAUCUGGAAAAUUCGACUCCGGCUGGAAAACCAACGUAAGAAUAACUGAUUCUAGCUUGAAAACAGACGCAGGGAAAAAUGAUGGGGGAUGGAGAGAUGACAUCAGCGAGGAGCCGGUGCCUUACAGGACAAUCACAUCUUUCCAUGAGCUGGCCCAGAAGCGUAAGCGGGGCCAGAGUCUGCCCCUCGUGCCGCAAGCCAAGAAAGACCGCAGCGACUGGCUUAUAGUCUUCUCGCCUGACACCGAACAGCCCCCCACCGGGUCGCUGGGAGGCUCUCUGGUGGCGCCCCGGGAAGUUACCACCUUCAAGGAACUUCGGUCCCGAAGCCGGGCCCCGCCCCCGCCAGUCCCGCCCCGUGAUUCCCCAGCUGGCUGGGCCUUGGUCCCGCCCCGGCCCCCACCCCCACCCGUCCCUCCCCGGAGGAAAAAGAACCGACUGGGGCUGCAGCCCAUAGCCGAGGGGCAGCCCGAAGAGGUCAGGGCGGUCAGCCCCCUAGCGGGCGAAAAGGCCCCAGCCGCCAAAGAGCCGGAGCAGCCCGGUGCGCAGGCCGGCCUUGAGGCCCGUUCCCUCCUGCUCCCUCGGCCCGUGGUUUUCCGGUUCUCGGCCGACGGGCGCCCCCUGUUGGAGGGUGGGGGCACGGGCACAGUUGGGUCUUUGCUCCUGGCUCCUCUGGCGGGCUGGUCCGGAGCAGGGCUGCGGUUGCCGGGGGCGCCCAGUCCCUCAGAGGAGCAGCUGCUCCCUGUCCGCCUGUCCCCCGUGGGAGCCUAUUCUCCUCCGGCUCGAGGGGCCCUGUCCUGCCUGGCCAGCCCCGAGCUGGCACUGCUGCUGUCCCCGCUCUUUCCCAGAAGUAGCACCUUCCCUGCCGCGGCUCCCCCACCCCGCCAGGUACCCGCCCCCCCGCUGCCACCGCCACCUCGUCCGCCGAAGGCCCCUCGCUGGACCAGGAGCCCACCGCCUCCACCCAGGCUACUCCGCAGUUCCUGGUCCUUCGCCGGUGUCCCCCGGGCCCAGCGACUGUGGAUGGCAGAAGCCCAGAGUGGGACUGGCCAGCUGCAGGAGCAGAAAAAAGGUCUCCUGAUAGCCGUCAGCGCCUCAGUGGAUAAAAUCAUCUUGCACUUUGGGGCAGCUCGAAACUUGGUUCAGAAGGCCCAGUUGGGAGAUAGUCGGCUGAGCCCAGAUGUGGGGCACUUGGUGCUGACCACCCUCUGUCCCGCCCUCCAUGCCUUGGUGGCUGAUGGGCUGAAGCCUUUCCGGAAGGACCUCAUCACUGGGCAUCGCAGGAGCAGCCCCUGGAGCGUGGUGGAGGCAUCUGUGAAGCCAGGUUCCAGCACCCGGGCCUUUGGAACCCUGUACAGCCAGGUGAGCCGUCUGGCCCCACUGAGUAGCAGCAGAAGCCGCUUCCACGCCUUUAUCCUGGGCCUCCUCAACACUAAGCAGCUGGAGCUGUGGUUUUCCAGUCUCCAGGAAGAUGCAGGCCUGCUGUCCCUCUUGUACCUUCCCACGGGAUUCUUCUCCAUGGCCCGGGGUGGCUGCCCCUCCCUGUCCACGGAAUUGCUGCUGCUGCUACAGCCACUGUCGGUGCUCACCUUUCAUUUGGACCUGCUCUUUGAGCACCACCAUCACCUGCCCCUGGGCCCACCUCAGGCUCCUGUCCGCCCCGGCUCACCUCCAGCCCUGCAACAGACUGUGCAGGCCAUGCUGCACUGGGGAGGUCGGCUGGCCCAGAGCCUUCGUGGGGCUUCUGGAGAGACCCCUCCAGGCCCUUCAGCUCCUUCAAGCCCUCCUAAACCAGGCAGCUGGUGGGAGCAGCUGACCCAGGCCUCUCGGGUCUAUGCAUCUGGGGGCACUGAGGGCUUCUCCCUUCCUCGGUGGGGAUCCAGGCGGCAAGGGACUGUGGCUGAGGGAGCACGGGAGAGAUCACUGCCUACCGAGGACGCGGCACCAGGCAGAGGCGUGUGGCUGGGGAGACUGUUUGGAGUGCCCGGGGGAGAAACUGAAAGUGGAGCUCUAAAGUCCAGGAGACCAUCCAGCUGGCUUCCUCCUACAGUGAGUGUGCUGGCUCUGGUGAAGAGGGCGCCACCUCCCUGCUCUCCCGGGGAGCCCGAAGCCUCAGCACCCAGCAUGGUGCAGACCUACAGGGCGGUCCGUGCUCUCUGUGACCACACUGCUGCAGGACCCAAUCAGCUGAGCUUCCGGCGUGGGGAAGUGCUGCGUGUCGUCGCCACUGUGGAUGAGGACUGGCUCCGCUGUGGGCGGGAUGGAGUGGAGGGGCUGGUGCCUGUGGGGUAUACCUCUCUCGUUCUCUAGGCCUAGGACCUUUUCCUUGCCUUCAUGUAUCUCUCUCCUGUCACCUGGGAAUGGAAUGGCCUGUGAACACUAACCUGUGUAAACUGAUCAUCCAGAAGCAUUUUUCUGGUCUGUAAAAUGACUUUCCUCCCACAUCCAUUUUUGCUACGUAAAUUUUCCUUCUUUCCUCCCAUACCCACAUGUAAUUUGAAAUUUGCUCUUCCAAAUCCAUACAAAGGAAUUUCCCUCCAUGCAGUCUCUUUCCUCUUCCCCAUCUGCAUAAGGGAACAUCUCCCUUUCUAUCUGCAAAAUGGAAAUCUAGCCCCAUCUACCUUUUUCUUGUGUAAGUGAACUCUGCCAGUACAGUGUAUGCACCUCAGUUCCCAAGACUAGAGGGUCUCUAGUCUCCUUCCUGUACAUGAAUCUUCCCCCCAUCCCACGUUGCCUGUAUUUAUUAUGUACUCAUGUUGUAAUAGAUGAAGUCUGGACACCCCUGGUGGGUGGGCCUGUGAUGUUGGUCUGCUUCCUUCCUCCUUUGUCCCAAUAAAGUGUGGGAGUUGAA